AUGAGUAACCAUUUUGUCAAUUUUGGAUUCGGCAUCUUGAAGCUCACGGUCGAGAUUGGCAUUCUGGCUGCUGCCUCUGUACAACAAUACUUUGCCAUUCGUAUUGCUUUGCUGAAUUUGUGUUGUGACAUUGGCACUUCCGUUGGUUAUAAGAUCUCUUCUGCCAUCUGGCAAGGCACAAUGCCCGAGAAACUCGCGCUGGAUCUCCCUUCUGAGAGCUAA